AUGAUCUUCACUGAAGCUCCCGCAUAUCUUGCCAAGCUUUGUGCCAACAGACCUAUUCAUUUCAUCGUGGCAACUCUUCUUGUUGCUUCCAUCUCUUAUUUGACUAUAUUUGACCAUUAUUUAGCCAGAAUCAAUUCUUUGGGUGGUGAUUCCUUGACCUUCUAUCAUUCUCCUCUUGCCGAUGAUGCUCAAUGGGACAUUGUUGCCAAUCUGACCGAGUUCGAAAUUAAUGCCGCUUCCAAGUUGGCUACUGCUUACGAUAACGAUGUGGCUACCACUUUCUCCUCCGAAGUUUCUGACUCUUCUUUCUCUGACUUGGCCUUCAACUCUACUCCUCACUGGGCUCUUACUCCAAUCAUAUUUAGAGCCCAUUCUCAUGCUAUUCCUUUUCCUUCUAACGAUUCUCAUUUUAUCUCUGGUCCUGAUGAUGAUGAAAAAUUUUAUCUUACCGAGUAUUCUCAUCAAAUUCCUCUUCCCCCAUCUUUCACAAACGCAGAAGGCGACGUCUUUAAGCUUAGAAAAAGCAACAGGCUAGGUCGUUACUAUGAGUAUAUCAGAAACUUGGCCAAUACUCUAAGGAGUUCUGCUAAGGGUGCUGAACCUUUGGACCUUCUCAUGGUGGCUCUUGCUUACGCAGCAAUGAUCUUCAUCAUUAUCCAACUUUUCUAUGAGAUGCGUACCACUGGUUCUAAGUUUUGGUUGGCCUUUGGCUCACUCCUUUCUUCGGUUAUAGCCUUCUUAUUUGCCAUUGUGUUAACGUCUGAGGUUUUCGGUAUUCAUUUACCACUCUCUUCUCUCACCGAAGGUAUUCCAUUUCUUGUGGCAUCCAUGGGUUUCCGUCAUAAGAUUGCCUAUACUGUUCCUGCCAUGGAGGCCAUUCGUAAAGAGCCAACCCGUGAUAUCUCAGAUACCAUGUGGGAAGUCGUUUUGAAGAAGACUGCUGCUCCUUUGGCUAAGCAAGAGCUUAUAACGGCUGCUUGUUUCCUUGGUAUCGCAUUGUUCACUUCAAACAUGCCUGGUUUGAGAAAUUUCUGUGUCUUUACUGCCGUUCUGAUGGUUUGCGAUCUUUUCAUUACCUUCACCUUCUAUUCUGCCGUUAUUUCUCUGAAGGCCCAGAUCAAUAUUGUUCACAGACAGGUCGCACUUACUGAAGCCUUGGAAGAAGAAGGUGUCAGUGAGGAGGUGGCACAUUCUGUGGCUGCUACUGGUUUGGCCUCUUCUGCUUAUCAGCCACUUUUCAAGCACGAUAAAAAUGUCUGGGCUUUCAAAGUUGUUACUAUUGCGGGAUUUUUAGUUCUUCAUCUCUUUGCUUUAGGUACCUCCUGGUUGUACGACGAUUUCAGUGACUACACACCGUCGGCCGCACUGUUGAGCUAUGCUAUCGGUGGUCAUCUAUCUGGAAGGGUUUCCGAGAAAAUUCCAUUGGGCAUCCAAGGUACUUUGGUUACUCUGAUGCCAACUAAGGUUUACAGAAGAGUCACUUUACUCACUCAGGUCGAGGAUGUUGUUUUUGAUUCUCUUAGCAGAUUUUCUCAGGCAAUUAGAGAUCCCUACAUUUCUAAAUUUAUUGUUUUGGUCGCUGGUAUCUCUUUUGCCAUCAAUGUCUAUUUGCUAAAUGUCGCUAGAAAUCAUCUGUUCAAACAUUCUGACUCUGUUAUAUCUGAAAAGAUCUCUAAGAAGAAAAGAACUGAUGUUAAGUCCAGAGGCGAAGCUUCCACUUCUCAUGCAGGCAAGAAAGCUGCUGUUGUUACUGCUCCUGCUUCUUCGGUGACUUCUUCUGCUCCUGUCUCUGCUCCUGUGCCUGCCAAUUCCACUUUUGAUAACGUAAAGGACCAUCAGAUUGUAUCAGAUAGUGCUAGUUCUUCUGAGGAGUCCGUCAAUGACGAAAGUGUUCGUCCAUUGGAUGAAUUGGUUUCCAUCUUUAAAGAAGGUAGACUAAGAGACGAGUGCAACGAUGCUGAAGUGUGCGAACUUGCCACCAAUGGUAAAAUGCCUUUGUAUGCGCUUGAAAAACAACUCGGUGACAGUGCAAGGGCCGUUGUUGUUCGUAGAAAGGCUAUCGCUAAGCUGGCGAACGCUCCUGUUUUGAAUACUGAUCGGUUACCAUGGAAGGGUUAUGAUUAUGACCGAGUGUUUGGUGCCUGUUGUGAAAACGUUAUCGGAUAUAUGCCUCUACCUGUUGGUGUAGCUGGUCCUCUUAUUAUUGACGGUGUUCCAUACCAUAUUCCAAUGGCUACUACUGAAGGAUGUCUUAUUGCUUCGACCAUGCGUGGUUGUAAAGCUCUUAAUGCCGGAGGUGGAGUUGAAACUGUGCUUACUGCUGAUGGUAUGACUCGUGGUCCUUGUGUAAGAUUCUCGUCCUUGAGUAGGGCCGGAGCAGCCAAGAGAUGGCUGGACUCUGAAGAUGGACAGAAAACUAUCAAGAGUGCUUUUAACUCGACUUCUCGAUUUGCUAGGUUGCAGCAUGCUAAGACUGCUUUGGCCGGUAAAUUGUUGUUUAUCCGAUUCAAAACCUCUACAGGUGAUGCUAUGGGUAUGAACAUGAUUUCAAAGGGAGUUGAAUAUGCAUUGAAAUAUAUGCAAGAAAAGUGUGGUUUUGAGGAUAUGGAUGUUGUGUCUCUUUCUGGUAACUAUUGUACCGAUAAGAAACCCGCAGCCAUCAACUGGAUUGAGGGAAGAGGCAAGAGUGUUGUUGCAUCUGCUAUUGUUCCUGCUGAAAUUAUUAAGAAGGUUCUGAAGUCGGAUGUAGAUGCGUUGGUUAAGCUGAAUAUUGAUAAAAACCUUAUUGGAUCUGCAAUGGCUGGAUCUAUUGGUGGUUGUAAUGCGCAGGCUGCCAAUUUAGUUACCGCUGUUUACCUUGCUACGGGUCAGGAUCCUGCACAGAAUGUGGAGAGUUCGAACUGUAUUACUUUGAUGGAAAAGAGACCGGAUGGAGAUCUAGAGAUCUCUGUCUCUAUGCCUUCUAUUGAGGUUGGUACUAUUGGAGGUGGAACGAUAUUGGAGCCACAGGCAGCCAUGCUUGACAUGCUUGGUGUGCGUGGACCAAAUCCUACACAUCCGGGAGCUAAUGCCAGACAGUUAGCCAAGAUUGUUGCUGCUGCCGUUCUUGCUGCUGAGUUAUCGUUGUGCUGUGCAUUGGCAGCGGGUCAUUUGGUCCGUGCGCACAUGCAGCACAAUAGAAAUUCGAAGAAGCCUGUUGAAAAGCCUGUUGAAAAGCCUGUUGAAAAGCCCGCUGAGAAACCAGCUGAGAAACCAGCUGGAGACCAUUCCGAGAACCUUACUAAGAAGUCCGCUGAGCAACCACCGAAGGAGGAUAUGCAGAGAUUGAAAGAUGGAUCUAAGAUCUGUAUCCGAUCUUAG